CUGCCAAGUCGCUUGCGCAGACAAUGAUGGGCUUGCCUCCUCACAUGAGGGCUGCUCUGCCGACAAGAAUUGGAUUUUCCGCUGAUCUUAUGAUGGGAGAUAUUCAACCGAAGCUGGAGCAGACUGCGCCGGAGCUUGAACCAGAAUAUUACGAAGAGAAUUUCGAUCCAGUGAAAGCGAUGCUGAUGCAGAUCCCCUCAGAGGGAGUCGACAUUGAAUACUUUCAAACUCAGGUUGGAAGGCUCAUGCUCCAACUGGACAAGAUUACGGAGAGCUUGUCGAAGCAGGUCAUGUCGCACCAUGAUGAAAUGGUGGCAGGCAUGUCAUUGGUCACUGAAUUGGAGAGGGACCUUCAGCUUACACACAUCAUUUGCAAGAAUGGCCGGCGGUACCUGGAUGCGGCAAUGAGGGAGGUUUCACAAGACCUUGUAGUCACGGCAAAUGUGAAACGGAAACAGAUUCUUCUGGAUAUGCUCCCGAUACUGAUGCGAAUGCAAAGCGUGAGUGAAAUCAAGAGUCAGCUUGAGUCUACUGUACAGCAGGGUAAUUACGCUAAGGCGCUGCGGAUGUGCUCGGAAUGCCUCCUGCUUAUGGAGGAUAAUCCGGAGCUCAAGGCGUUCGGCGAUUUAACGCAAGGCAUAGAGGAAUGGUUGCAACGCACUGUGGAAAAGGUUGACGAAGUUCUUCGCGACAAUUGCCGCAAGUUUGAUACCAAAUCUUAUGCGAUGGUGAUUGAUGGGUACGCAGUGAUGGGAGAUGCUAUGGGACUUGCUGAUAAAGUCCAGAGUUUUUUUGCGCAAAGUAUUGUGCUGAUGACACAUGAUGUGCUGAAGUCGUUCGCUGUUCAGACAAUUGAGAGCAACAAGGACCCUCAAGCUGUGGCCAAGAAAGUGAGGUUACCCUACAAUGACCUUUGUCUGCAGCUCCCGGAGAUGCUUUUUCGUCAGUGCUUGCAUAAAAUGCUGGAGGUCAUUUUCGACCUCCUUUGCAGCUACUACACCAUGAUGGUUUUCGAGCAUCCAGAGCCGGUUCCAGAGAACAAAUUUCUGUCUACAGUCGAAGAAAGCGGAGGAGGUGGUAGUCGGCAUAGGAGGGCUCUGAGCAUAGGAGGAACAGGAAACACAUCUCCAUCACGCGACCAACUCGCUAGCACUGCGGGGGGGUUGUCGCCAUCCUCGAGUUUCGAGAACUUUCGAAGUGCCGCGGGACGGCCAUCCUCUCCUUUAAGGCGGCCUCUGUCACCGGUCAAUGACAAACUUAGCGGUGUUGGCAGUACGUCUGGCAGGGGCCGGCAAGGAAAGGCGGCUGAUGGGGGAAGCCCCCGUAGGGGGUCGAGCUAUGACCUAAUCGGGGCAGAGAGAGGUGGCUUCCUCGUAAUGAGAAGCGACGAGGAUAGUAAUCUGGCUGGACGAGCUCUGGACUGGAGUGACGCGGGACUUUUUGGAGACCGUGAGAGUGUGGCUCGAGUGAGGAAGGAGACAACGUCAACAGUAAGGAAGGCCCUGGAGAAAGGAAGGAAGACGGUCUGGGAACUUGCAGCUCGUCGGGUAUCGUCCCUUCUGGCGUCCGAUGCCAUUUGCUCUGCUAGCCCUCAUCACUUCUUACAAAGUCUAGAGUUGACGAACAAGUUUAUUUUGGCAGGGGAAGCAUUCAGUGGUGCAGAAGCAGUCCAAUUGAGGGCACGGCUUGCAAAACAGAGCGAACGAUAUUUCAGGACCUUUCAUCGGCAGAACCUUGAGGUCCUUCGGAUGAUGUUAGAUAAAGAGUUGUGGCAAGGGCUUCCGAGCAGCGCGUUGAAGACGGUCAAUCUUGCGGCGUUGACGGGUAACGGUGUUUCCGCUUCAUCCCCUUCAUCCAUGGGCCAGGCUGAUCGAAGUAGUGGUGAACUCGCUGCAUCGAACAAUGCAGAUCAAGCGCAGAGAGACGGGGCGCUUUCAACGUCUCGCCACAGAGAGGAUGCCAGUAGGGCGGCGGCGCUAGACGGCGGGGAAGCGACAACUUCAGGGCGGGGUAGUUUCGCUGACUGGGUCGCGGGAGGUAAUCCUUUUGUGGACAAGAGGGCUUCCGCACCAAGUCCUAGCCCCAGCAGUCCAGUGGGAGCAGACGGAGGCAAGAGCUCCUCCGCGGGCUCGCCAACAGGCCAGCCGGGCUCUGCGGGCGAAGAGACGGAGACCAGUGGGAGCCCCAGAGAGAUUUCUAUUGGUCAGGCCAAUGGGAAUGUGGCGUCGUCUAACGGUCAGGAUGCAUCCCGACUGACGAGCAUGAACGGUGAGGGUGACGAGGAGGAGGAAGAGAAUGAGGAGCUGAUGGCAGACUUCAUCGAUGAAGAGAGUCAAAAGCCAAAGUUGCGGCGAAUGUCGCGAGGUCGGGGAGGAGAACAACGGGGAAAUUUCUCAGAAGGUGAACGCGGACCGAUGUUGACAGCGUCGGCAAUUAGUGUGCUGAGUGUAUGUUAUGGACUUGGUGUCGAUGGCGAUGAAGCACAGGGCCUUUCCCAGUUGUUUGAGGUGUAUCUGUUUACGGUCUUCAAGGUCUUCGGCCAGAAAGAGCUGUUAUUCCCACAGAACAGACUGAACGACGCGAGCACAUCAGGCAGAACGGAGUGUGGCAACUGAGUCCCUUGUGUGGUUGGCGGAAAUGAUGAAGAGGUCACGACCCCGUUUUCAG